AUGGAUCAAAAUGCACCGUUAAGCAUUCUCCGCAUUCGUGGAAUGCAGGUCGAUACAAUCAGCAUUUGUCUCCUUACGGCAAAGCUAGAUGACACCAAGUUUCAUGCGGGAGUACCAGAGCGCCAUGAAGACUACCUAUCGAAGCUCACCUCGCAGCUCUAUGGCAUGAGCAAGGAGCACGUCCGUCGAUCCACGCGUUCUUUCAACAGAACUUUCUUCCAAGUGACAACAGCAGGCUUAACUCCUGAGCACAAGGACGUUCGAUAUGAGCCACUAGAUGCUUUCGAGUCCAUCAUCAACCUUUCGGAAGAACAGGCAAGGCCUCGGACACCAGACGGGUCCUUUACACUAAUCGACGAUCGAGGUUACGCAGCCCUUGAGGGCCAAUCUAUCAACCGCUACAUCGCCUCACUCCAACGUCUGAUGAACAGACGGCUAUUCGUCACUUUAUCGGGUCAUCUCGGCCUCGGACCAGCAGGCAUGAUGUCGGGAGACACGGUCGCGAUCUUGUUCGGCGGAAACGUACCAUACAUAUUGAGACCCCUGGAGAACAAGCAAUGGCACUUCGUUGGCGAGUGUUACUUAGAUGGGUACAUGGACGGCGAAGCAAUGGAGGGACGGGAUCCAUCGAAAGAUGAGUGGUUUGGAAUGGUGUGA